UGCGGUCCUUCUUUCAGCCAAAGUGAACAAAAUAUUGUCUAUUCAAACUCUGAAUUGAAAAUUGCUUUCUACACUGUUAAGAAAUACUUCGUGGCGAUCAAUGAGGAGUGCAUGCAUAUCAUUAUUACGUUUGAAUGUAUUCACACAAGUGAUGAGGCUAGCUCCACAUUUUUACCCUGCUGGUACAUAUACUACAUUAUUUUGCGGGAAUUGAGUAUCAUACCUAUGCUAUACAGUAUUACACCAUGGGUUCAGAGCUGGAUAUUGGAUAUGCGUGGGUUGUCGCUACUGCAAGUUGGACAGCAACUGUGUUAAUUUUGGUGCUAACGACAAGUGGGAUUUAUUACCCUUAUUUGAUUGACUACUACGAAGAAAGUGCAGCAAAUGUUGGAUUCGCACUUGCACUUAUUCCUGCCCUCAAAUACUUUCUUGGUGUGCUUAUUGCAAUCAUCGUCAAAGCAUUCGGCUGCCGGAUUGUUGUGAUCCUCGCAAGUUUUAUGGUGAUGUGUGGCUGUCUUUUAAUGGCAUACUCAACGAGCAUUACUGCGAUUUUUCUGGCUUGCAGCCUUAUUGGUAUUGGAAUAUGUGCAAACUAUUUCGUAGCUUACUUCAUCUUAGAUGUUUACUUUAAAAAAUAUUUCACUUUAGUGAUAUCUAUAAAAGCAGCAAUAAACGGUGCAGCGCUUAUGAUGGCACCGUAUAUCAAUCGGAUGUUCGUUAUCAAUUUUGGAUGGCAACAUUCAUAUCUCCUUCUCUCGGCAAUUUCGUACCAUCUAGUUCUGUGCGGAGUGAUAUACAGAGCACCAAAAAUAAGUUCUAAUGAAGAAUCUGAAGAACUUUCUCUUCUGGUGGUGGAGCAAGAAAAUAAUUCUCCCCAGCCUGAUUUACAAAUUAUUCCAACAGAUGAAAAAAGGUUUUCUGGUUGGUUGGGAUACAUUUACGAAAUAUGUCAUUUGCGUUUGUUUAAAUGCAACGCGUUUGUAGUUCUUGUUGUCGUUUCAUUAAUGCAUGGAGUUAUUCAGGAAGGCGUUGAAAUGAUUAUACCGGACGAUAUGCUGGAGCGAGGCGCCACUCUACGCAGCAGUCAGCUAAUUUUAACAGUUUACGGAGCAGGUAGUGUCAUUGGAAGACCUGUUCACUAUCUAUUUAGCAAUUUUUUUUCAAAUGAUUUAUUUAUCCAUUCAGCAGUUAUCUAUUUUCUUGCGUUUCUGGCUUUAUUAAUUUGCAUUACAACAACAGAUGAUGACGCUGUUUAUGUGACAAUGGUUUUCUUUGGGUUUUCUGUGGGUUGGUACAAUACAAUUCUACCACUUAUAGUAAAAUCUGUGGUAGAUGAUUUUUUCUUUGGAUUAGCUUGGGUUAAUUCUCUUUAUGGCGUUAGUGCAUGCAUUGGAAUUACGUUUCUUGGGUAUCUUCGCGACGAAGUUGGGAAUUUUUGGUUAUCAGAGUUUGUAUUGUUAUGUAUGACAUUAAUUAAUGCAGUCCUACUUUUUGGUUUUAUUGUGUAUAGAAGAAUGAAAGGAAAAACAUGCUGAGAUAACCAGACUUCUUUCUUCGGGCAAGGCAUCCCUUCAUAGAAGAUUUUUGAAAAUGUCUAUUUUAGAUACUUGCACGUGACCAGACUAACUAUGACUUUAGAUUGAUAGAAAGAUUGAAGUAUGUUAAUUAUUGAAAGUAGACACAUUGCCUAGGUACAGUGCCCCCUCUAAUUCGAGACCAUUUUUACUAAGAAGCAAAUAGCAAUUGUCAAUUUCUUAACACAAAACUAACCCUCUAAUUAAAAAACCAGACUCAGAGACCACCCCAAAUUUCACUUCCUAAAGGUGGUCUCGAAUUGGAGAGUGAACUAUAUUUAAUAUUAUUUGCCUACUAAACUCUUGCUUAAAGAUACUUUUAAAAAAAUCGGAAAACCUAAAUAAUUAAAUUAAAAAUUUUAAAUAGCCUAUUUAAAAUUAACUAAUAAGUUAUUAACUUCCAACUAAAAAACAGCUCAGACAAAAUUGCCGAUUUACUGAUAUGUUACUAAAAAUUACCAGCCAAUUAAAGGGUCUAUUCCAAAGAAUACAGCAAAGGUAUUGUUAUUAACUGUCUAUUAAUUGAUGCGGUAAUUUUUUUCUUAUUCGAAGUUUCGAUUGUAUUUAAACAAAUUAGCAAUUCAAAUACGAAUUGUUCGAAUUAUUUAGUGCAUGCAGACAGUGUAUCAUUAAUUUAUUGUUUAUAGAGGAGUGAAAUAAUAAGUAGGCCUAGUAGAGUUAUCAUACACUAGUCGAAAUAAUUAUACGAAGGUCAGAUUAAUGAUUGAACAAUUUUUAAGGGCCUGCAGAGCCUGAAGAAUUUUUUUGACUCCAUUAAUUUAACCUAAGUAUAAUCUAGUGUAUGGCUAAGAAUUACUAAUUGCUUUAUAAGUCAA